GAUACGAAUAGCGACUCUUUCAAAGGAGGAAAGGACGCUGAAUUGAGUAGCUGUCGAUGUAGAUGUGUAUAGAUGUAGCGAUAAUAAUAAAAAUAAUAAUAAUAUUAAUAAAAAAACUAACACAGAAAGAGUAAAAUGUCGUGUUAAUGUUUAAAUAAGGAUUUUGUUCAUUAUUUUUAGACCGACUGAGGAGAAGUUGAGAAGCUAAUUGGCUAACAGCUCGCGCGCUCGACGGUUGGUGUUUAAAUCUCAUUUAAACGGCUCGAUUAUCAACGGCUUUUCACAGUUAUCUCUAAAACACGAGUCUGGUUGUGGAUAUUUGUGUCAGGAGACACCGAGUCUGAGGCGUUUUUUAAAGAGGUGAAGAGGUGUGUGAAGGUGUAGAAAUGACUGGGAAAUCAGUGAAAGAUGUUGACCGUUAUCAGGCGGUUCUGUCAUCACUGCUCGCCCUGGAGGAAAACAAGUUCUGCGCAGACUGUCGAGCUAAAGGUCCCAGAUGGGCAUCCUGGAAUCUUGGGAUCUUUAUCUGUAUCCGCUGUGCAGGAAUCCAUCGGAAUCUUGGCGUUCACAUAUCCCGGGUCAAAUCUGUUAACCUGGACCAAUGGACACAGGAGCAAAUUCUGUGUAUGCAGGAGAUGGGAAAUGCCAAGGCACGGCGCCUCUAUGAGGCCUUUUUGCCUGAGUGCUUCCAGCGUCCAGAGACAGACCAGUCAGCUGAGAUCUUCAUCCGAGACAAGUAUGAAAAAAAGAAAUAUAUGGACAAAUGUAUUGACAUCCAAACCUUCCGUAAAGAGAAGAGUGAGACAGUAACAAAAGAGCCACCUGUUGUUUUCGAGAAGAUGAAGCUGAAGAAAGAAGAGCCUCAGCAAUACAAGAGUAGUCCAAAGAAGCAUUCACAGUCAGUUAAUGACCUUUUAGGACUAGAUGCUCCUGUCCCGUCAGCUCCUGUAGCCAAUGGCAGUGCCAGUCCUGAGCAAAGUUUUGCGCUGGAUCUGUUCAGUUCCCUGCCUACAGCCACCUCACAUUCGGCUAGAAGCACACCUGGUUCCAGUUCUGUGUCCAGCUCUAUACCUAAAGGUCGGGCCGCAGCGUCAGUACCGGAGAACCUGAGCCUCUUUCUGGACCCGCCCAGCAAAAACGAAGAAAGCAGCAAAAAGCUGUCCAAAGACUCUAUCCUGUCAUUGUACAGCACUGUAACACCGCAGACCAACAUAGCCGCUAAUGCCGGCAUGUACAUGGGGGCAGCUCAAAUGGGUUAUGCACCUGCACCUGGCUAUGGGCAAUACCCAGCUCUGGCCACACAGCAAGGAAUGAUGGGAACCAUGAUGGCCCCUCAGGUGAACAUGCUGGGGCAGCCUGGUGUCAUGGCACCAACAGGAGUGGCCACUCCAUCUCUGUAUAUGACUGGUGUACAUGGGGGAGUGAUGGGAGUGCAGGGGGGCAUACAGGGGGGCAUGAUGGGAGGCGUUGGGGCGCUGCCACAGCAGGCGUACGCGGUGCAACAGACUCAGCAGCUACAGUGGAACAUCAGUCAGAUGUCUCACCAAGUGGCGGGAAUGAACCUUUAUGACCAGACCCGCGUGAUGGGGUACGGACAGCCCAUGGGAGGACCCUCAGCUCCCAGCACUAAUCAGACACUCGGCUCUCAUGUAUGGAAGUGAACACUUUUAUCAUGAAAGUAAAAGCCGACUAACAACGUGUGGGUUUGGGAGCAUCGCAAUAAACAGUUAAAGGAACAGAGGGAGGAUUUUACUUACUCUUCAUCUAACAUUCCUUCAACAGUGAAGAGGAAAUGUUAUUUUAGAGGAUCAAACUCAGGAGGAAGAGCUUCUACCUCCUGUGUCUUUCAUAGCCAUUAUUUAAUACUGAGGCCAGAAAUGAUGUGGUCCAGGAAUCCAGCAUCUCUGUCCUCUCUUUCAUAGCAGCUACACCCAAAACACUGCAGCGCCCCUGAGCUACACCUUAAACCCCAACCCAACAUCCUUCACUUCCUCAGACGUGUAGUAGCUGCAAAGAUUUGGUUGCAUGUAGGUUUUAGGAUUUGAAGCUCUUCUUGCGUGUUCUUUUAUUUCGCAGUCGUCUUUAUUCCACUUUCCUUAGUGGUACGCACUUAAUAAACCUGCAUGCACUGUUUGCUAAGCUACAUGUAUAAAAUGACAAGGAGAGACUAUAUAAUGCGUGAAGGUGUAUUUGCUAAGCAUAUAACUAAGUAAUGUGAUGCUGCUGUUUUUGGUCCAGGUGUUACUGUUGAUUUUCUUUUUUUUUUCUUUUUUAUUGUUGAUUAUUUAUUUUAUUUUUAGAUUUUUUUUUCCUGGCUGCUUUGGAGCUCGAAGUCUGUAUUAGCUGGAUUUUAUGUAUCUUUUCUCUUUGUGUGAUCUAGGGUACUGUGAUGGAGCUGUAGUUCCGCUACUCUCCUUCUUCCCACUCAGGAGGGAAAUGUAAGAGAAAUCAAAGCCAAAGAAUGCAGAAUUAUCCAUUUCGCUAAAAAGUUUAUAACAGAUUUUGAUGCUUGUAAGAACGUGGUUUUUUUUUGUUUGUUUUUUUUUGGUGAAAAGCUAUUGAUUAGUUCUUUGGUCCAUAAAUGUAUAUCUGAUGUGUGUAUGUGAACCCUUCAAGCACUCGAUGCCACAUUUGAUUGUAUAAACAGAGCACUAUUUUUCCCUUCACUGAAUACAGGGUGCUCUCUAACUGAUGAGGGCCAGAUUUAAUGUAACUAAACAGCAGGGUUUUUAAUUGUUUAAAACAUACCUCUCGCCUUCAGUCUGUACAGAGACCAGAUGAAUGUUUUUCGCUCAACACUCGCACCCUGUGCUUCAGACAGCAGAUUUCACACUGUUGUUUCAGGUGGCUUGGAUCCAGGCUGAAUUUACACGGCCUUACUUUAACGAAGAACGCAAACCUCUGGAGCACAGAUAUUGACUGUAAGGCUCAUGAACACGUGACACACAGAAUUCACAGCUUCUCUGAUUGUGUACGAGACGUGAUCACGUAUAGACAGACAUCUGCUUUGCUGUUGCAUGUUUUGCUGAUACAGAUUUGCAGGAACGUAAAUGUGGUACGGGACUUUUUAUCGGAUUGGGCAAUAUUCCUUAAUAGCUUCCACUGUGCUACACAAAGCAAAAAAAAAAACUUUUUAAGGUUCGGACAUUGUUACAGAACACAUCAGGCUCAUGCUGUCAUUCUUUUUAGUUGAGAACACAUAUCUCUGUGGCUGAUGCUGUGUAAUACUGAAUGCUAUGAGCGUUCAUUUUAUUUCUACAUCUAAAUGUGAAACAUUAUAUCUAUAUGCAUUCCAUGCUAUCAUUUUGUCCAAACAUCUUGAAUAUAUUACCUCCUCAUAAUCAGCUAGACAUUGUUAAAUAAAAAAUCCAUUAGAGAGAUUUGCAUAAUUAAUCUGUAUAUAAUCUUCGGUGGCUUCCAUGAACGAUUAAAUAUUGAAAUUCUGAGUUAACUUGGUCAAAUUUUCACUUUGCUUACAGGUUGUCUACAUUACCAAUAGUGAGCUCACUACCUAAAAAGAGCAGUGCGGCAGCGCUUUAGUCCUUUAUACCAUCCAGCGCUCUCACUUCCUCACCUGCAGAAACACCUAAACAGAUGUGUCUUAUAGCUGCAUUCCGUUUUUGGGUACAACUUUUACUGUCCUCCACUGUCAUGUUUGCUUUCUCAUUAAUAUUACAUUGAUUUUUGCUAGAAAAUGCAACAGCUGACCUCAUAACUAAUAAUGCAUUACGCCAAUCAGCGCAAACAGCAGAAUGUCUCAACUCAAGUAUAUUAAUGAAAAAAUAUUUUGUUUGAGUGUUUUAGGAUGGAGUUUAUCCUUUAAGUCAAUUUGUUGAAGAAGCAUGCAUGUCUGGCUGAAUAAUCCAACAUUUUGUCUAAUAAAGUUACUAGGAGAAAAACUAGAUUGGUCAUUAAAAUGAUACAAGCAAAGUCCAUUGCUACAAAACUCAAUACUGAAACUGUUCAGUUGUUCGACUUGUAUCAUUGUGUUGCGGUUGUCUGUUUAGCACUGGAGACAAAACGCUAUCUCGAAAAAUAAAGCGCUGUCAGUGUUACUGUUGCAUUGAGUAAGCUGAAUAUUAUUAACAUGCACAUACCUGCAACACACAUCAUGGCUUUUCUCAUUUACCUAAAAUAACCUUAAAGAAUUUUGUUUAUGGCAACAAAAAAAGUUCUAUCAUUUUGAUAUAUCCGUCUUAAAGCUUUACGAGCAGUGCAUGUGGCCUCAUGGCUGAGUUGGACAGAAUCAAUCUGAGGUAUGUCAUUUUCUUUAGUGUUCUGGUGCUAAUGUUUGUCUUGACUGUAAGGGCCGAGGAUUUUCGACUUCUCUGAACUUUCAGUACCAGAGUGAAGCAAAGUUUAAUCAAGGUUCAGUAUUGUGGAUGCAUAUGUUUGUGGAUAACUGAAUGUUUAAUGCUUAAUCAUGUCUGCUUCCUUUUGAUAUGUUUUAGACUUUUCGAAAUCUGUAUAUUAUGAACGCUGAAUUAAAUAAUAACAAUAAAGAAUUGUAUUUUAUCCUGCA